ACCGGUGAGGGGAAAGAUACCAGUCGGACAGUCAUAUCUGCAACACCCGGUGUUUGAGUUUGUGUGAUGGAGUUUCGCUGAGAGUCGGGACAGUAACACUGCGCGAUUUCUUUAUUUUUUUUCAUAUUCAACGUGUUUGUCUGCGAACACAGAAAUAAAUAUCUAGACGGAGCCGAACAAGAUGGCGGACGCUAUUAUCAUCAGGGUACAAUCCCCAGACGGGAUGAAGAAGAUCCCUGCUACCAAGAGGGAAACCGCCGCUGCUUUCCUGAAAAAGGUGGCCAAAGAGUUUGGGUUCAACUCCAACGGGUUCUCUGUGUACGUGAACCGCGACAAGACCGGAGAGGUGGUUUCCCAGAACAAAGCGCUGAGUCUGCUGAAGAUCAAGCACGGCGACAUGUUGUUCCUGUUCCCUUCGGCCUCCUCCUCCUCCUCCUCCUCCGGGGAGGUGAUGGACACGGCCACCCCGCACACGUCCUCCUCGCUACCGUCCGUCUCCUCCUCGUCCUCCUCGUCGUCGCACUCUUCCUCGUCGUCCUCCUCCAUGAUCCCUCGCUCCUUCUCGGCUCCCCAGGUCCAGGAGGACGAGAUCGAUCAGUAUCUGGCCAAGCAGGACGGGAAGAUCUACAGGAACAAAGACCCUCAGCUAUGUCGCCAUAGUGCCCUUGGAAAGUGUGUGCACUGUGUACCGUUAGAGCCUUUUGACGAAGACUACCUGAAUCACCUGGACCCGCCAGUGAAGCACAUGUCAUUCCACGCGUACCUUCGCAAGCUGACGGGCGGCGCCGACAAGGGGAAGUUUGCAGCUCUGGAGAACAUCAGCUGUAAGAUAAAGUCGGGCUGCGAGGGCCACCCCCCCUGGCCCGAGGGCAUCUGCACCAAGUGUCAGCCCAGCGCCAUCACCCUCAACAGACAGAAAUACAGACACGUGGACAACAUCAUGUUUGAGAACCACACCAUCGCCGACCGCUUCCUGGACUUCUGGAGGAAGACGGGCAGCCAGCGGAUGGGCUACCUGUACGGCCGGUACACGGAGCACACGGACAUCCCGCUGGGCGUCCGCGCCGAGGUGGCCGCCAUCUACGAGCCCCCGCAGAACGCCACCCAGAACAGCCUGGAGCUGGUGGACGACCCCAAAGCUGCAGCCGUGGACGAAAUCGCCGCCAAACUGGGGCUGUGCAAGGUGGGCUGGAUCUUCACGGACCUGCUGUCUGAGGACACGAGGAUAGGAACCGUCCGCUACACCAGGAACCAGGACUCUCACUACCUGAGUGCGGAGGAGUGCAUCACGGCCGGACACUUCCAGAACAAAUACUCGAACCCCUGCAGACUUUCCCGAGACGGACACUUCGGGUCCAAGUUUGUGACGGUGGUGGCGACAGGUGGUCCAGAUAACCAGGUGCACUUUGAAGGCUACCAGGUGUCCAACCAGUGCAUGGCUCUGGUGAGGGACGACUGUCUCCUGCCCUGCAAAGACGCCCCCGAGCUGGGCUUCGCUAAGGAGUCCUGUCCCGAGCAGUACGUCCCGGACGUCUUCUACAAGGACAAAGACAAGUUUGGAAACGACGUCACGUUUCUGGCUCGGCCGCUUCCUGUCGAGUAUCUGAUCAUAGACAUAACAACAACUUUCCCAAAGGACCCACAGUACACGUUCUCCUCCACACAACGCUUCCCCAUCGAGAACCGCGAGAUCCUGGGAGAGACACAAGAUUUCCACAGCUUAGCGACGUACCUGUCUCAGUGCACGUCCACCUCAUUCCUGGACAUCGUGUCCGACUUCCACCUGCUGCUCUUCCUCGUCACCAACGAAGUGAUGCCUCUGGGAGACAGCAUCGGGCUGCUGCUGGACGCCGUGAAGACGUCCAACGAGGACCUGGCUCAGACCUGGAAGAAGUCGGAGCAGUGGGCGACGAUCGAGCAGCUCUGCAGUACCGUGGGGGGGCAGCCCUCCAGCUCCCUGGGUUACGGGGCCAUGGGGGGGGGGGGCCCGUCGGCCCCCGCCUCCUCCUCGGCCAUGUGGUCCUGCCUCCACUGCACCUUCAUGAACCAGCCGGGCACCGAGCACUGCGAGAUGUGCAGCCUGCCGCGCAGUUAGGACGCCCCCCCCCACCCCCCGUCAUCACUGGGGCGAGGGGGGGGGGCGGCGAGGGGGGGUCCUCUGUGUUUCCCUUCGCCCACCCCCCCCCCCCCACCUCGCUGAGGGCUGCGACUCUCGGACGGAUGCGCUCGUUUACAUCCAAUUAAAAUAAAGUUAACCAGACUGAUGUUGUUUUUUUUUUUUUGUUUUUUUUUUUGCGUCCUUCCACGCGGCCGCUCCUGUGAGAGGCGGGGUACGAGUUUAGGUGAAGCACUUUUUUUGGUCCCUGCCCUCCUCCCUCCUCCACCCUCCUCCUCCACCCACCUCCUCCACCCCCAUAAAUAAAUCCUGCUGUGACUCAGGACGACAGCAAAGACUCACAGUGUCUGGACGUUUUCUCACCACGUCUCCUGGAAAAUAAUCUGAACCCAUCGGAGGAUCGACGCUGUUAUUUAAUUAAGUUUCUUCUUCUUCUCCUUUUUUUUUUUUUUUUUUAAUUUUUCUUAUGAUCCGAUUGUAGCGUGUUCCUUAAAGUUCUGAAUCCUCCGCGUGGACUCUGCUCAGUCAGGUUUUUUCUAGGUCUCUUUGACGAAGCCCCUUAAAAAAAAAACACACAAAAAAAAAGAGAAAGUACAAUCACGGGUCAGAGCUCGGACCUGAAGUCGCUCCCGAGCGCUUCCCUCUUUUGGUAGAGUUUAUAUUUUCAGUAUUAAAUUUGAAACGUGUCCCAGAUGUGGAAGGUUUUUCGAGCAGGUCCCUGAAGGUUCCUGCUGGUUUGUUGGAUUCGUAGCGUUUGGAUUUGGAGCUUUGAACUCGAUAUGUAGCUUAAACUUCAUCCUCGUCAUCGUGAGGUGCUUUAGAAAUAACUGGUGCUCGCUGCUCUCACCUUCCCCCCCAUCGUUCUUCUUCUUCUUCUUCUUCUUCUUCUCUCCGCCGACGGAGCGCCCCCUGCAGGUUUUUAUCCCAUCGUUCAGCCUUUACAGACUCAAACGUUUUGCCUCUGAAAGCUGUGAUGGUGGCGGAUCUGAAACCCUCCAGGACGAGGCCUGAGACGCUUCUUCUUCUUCUUCUUCUUCUUCUUCUUCUUCUUCUUCUUCUUCUUCUUCUUCUUCUUCGCUCUUAAAAAAACACAAAACCACCUGAUUAAAGUCCAGCUGUGUCCGACCCUUUAACACAUCCAGGCUGCAGAGGCACUUAAAGGUUAAAACACUGGGACCAAAACCUGUGAGCUCAUGUUUUUAUUUAAUUUCAUUAUUUCUGAAUCUCCUCGUGUUCCCUGAUCUCUCUUCAUUCUGCUGCGAUGAUCCAAACCAGUCAGACGCUGACAGGGAGGAAACGGGCCUUUUUUUUUUGUUUGGUUGCUAUUUAUGAGACGUGUGCUGAUUCCAUCGAUGAAGUGAGAAAAUCUUUUUAGUUUUAGAUUCAUUUGCCUGGUAAAAAAAAAAAGAGAAGCGAGCGGGAAACGAAGCGGUGGCCGUCGCUCUCGCCCCUCGUGUGGAUUUGCAGAGUUGAUUAUUAUUAUUGUUUUUUUUUUUUUUUUCCUCUGAUGUCAACGCUAACGGACGCCGACCUUUAUUUUUCCUUUUGUAUUGAUCCGAGGGGCCGUUUGCUGAGCGAGCUGAUGCUCUUUGGACUGAACGUGGAGCUGAACGGACGAAACCCUGAACGUUAAAUGCUGUUGACCUGGAUUUGAAACAAAACAAUAAAAAACAAAAUCAACAGAGAAAGAAAAACCA